AUGUCGUCCAUCCUGAGAAGAAGCUGUCUCGUGGUGACACAUACCAGACCCUACUCAACUCAGCCAACUCAGCCAAGCCGCCCAGCAUGGCUCACAGCCCAUCUCAACGACACUCUGCCACCACCACGCAUCCUACGCUGGACAUCCCCAUCCUCCUGCUCCUCCCCCUCUUCUUUGACCUCCCUUCCCACUCCUGACCCUCGACGCAUCCACAUCCUCGGCAUCGGCAACAUAGGCCGUCUAUUCGCCGUGCAGCUCUCCAAGAUCCGCCCCAACCCUCCACCCAUCACGCUCGUCCUCCACCGCCGCGAGCUCCUAGACCAGUGGACAGCCAGGCCAGGCAUCGAAAUCACCCGCGCAGGCACCGUCGAGGUCACCCGUGACGGUCUGGACGUCGAGUGCUGGGACAUUUCCUCCUCCUUCUCCACCACCGCCACCACCGGCAGUCGUAGUCAUGACCAGCAGCAACCGGGAGGAGAGAUCGCUACCAUCUCCAACCUAAUCGUGGCCACCAAGGCUGACGCCGCCCUGGAUCAGGUAGACCGUCUCCGCAGGUACCUGGACAGGUCCAGCACCGUGGCCUUUGCCCAGAACGGCAUGUCACGCAUGUGGCCUCCUCACGGGCCCGCGUACGUAUCGCAUCGGUACGGCGACAACGCACCCAGCUUCGCUGCCUGCAUAACCACCCACGGCGUCUUCUCGCACGGUCCCUUCCGCAGCGAGCACGCCUCCGUGGCCGACGUCAGGACCGGCCUCGUCCUGCCCAGCGGCAGCGGCGGCAACUAUCUCGUCGACACCAUCGCCUCGGCCCCGGGACUCUCCGCCCACCGCGCAUCCCGUGGGGACCUGUGGACCCUGCAGCUGGAGAAGCUGGCGGUCAACUCGGUGGUGAAUCCGCUGACGGCGGUGCUGCGGUGCCGGAACGGCCGGCUGUUCGCGCACGGUCACUCAGACUCCAACUCCGGCUCCGGCUCUGCCGUCAUCUCGCGCGUCAUGGACCGCCUCCUACGCGAGAUAAGCGACAUCUACGUCGCCCUGAUCAACCACCCCGGCGCGGACGGCGUUGUGCUCGCCGAGGGCAUGGACAGGCGCCGACUCGCCGAGCGCUUCUCUUUCCACGCCCUGAGACGCUUGGUCUGGCAGGUCGGCGUCCGCACCGGCGAUAACAAGAGCUCCAUGCUGCAGGACGUCGCGGCGGGGAAGAGGACCGAGAUCGCCGAGCUCAACGGGUGCAUCAUCGACAUGGCGCGUUUCCUAGACCCGUCUGGCACGACGCUCACUGUGUCGGCCAACCAGCGUCUGGUCAACCUGGUUGAGGGGGCAAAGGUGCUGGACCAGGAAGGGCUGGGGAGGGCGUUGCUCGGGUAG